CUUGUCAUUGUGUGAAACAGAGGAGUCACAAUUUUCAAUUUUCCUCCAUUCGAUCGGAUAUUAUUGGCCCAGGAAUGGUUAAGCUAACCAUUAUUGGGAGGGUGAUUGAUGGGUUGCCCCUUGCCCAAGGCCAUAGGUAUACAAAUGAAGAGGAUGAGUUUUACAAGCAACAGGGAGAGUUUAUACUCAAAGAAAUCUCGAGAGGAGCCCUCACACAUUCAAAGAUGUGCAUUCGUGUUGAUCACCACUGCUUCUACUACUUAAUCGACAAUGGGUUCUCCUACAUUGCGUUGUGCGAGUCUUCGUAUCCAAGAAAAUUAGCUUUUCAUUAUCUGCAAGAUUUGCAAAAGGAGUUCGACAAGAUGGAUAACGAAUUGAUAGAUACCCUUACAAAACCAUAUAGCUUCACUAAAUUCGAUAAUGUGAUUGGAAGCAUUAGAAAGCAAUAUCUAGAUACAAGAACUCAGGCCAAUCUGUCAAAGCUAAAUGCGAAUCGUAGACAAGACCCAGAAAUUGUUACAGAAGAUAUCUCCAAGAUCCUAGAAAAUAGAAGACAAACAGAGGUUUCAGAAAGAGUGCUGGUGAGAUCUCGUACGGAGUCUCCUAUAUGGUGUUCUCCUUGCCUUGAGGUGAUAGCCUUGAAAUGGACACCCGUUACCAUAAUUGUGGUUGUUACCAUAAUUCUCUUAUGGAGUUGCAUCAUUCUUACAGACAAUUUCGUCACAAGUUGACGAAAUCUCAACAAUAAGAACACAAAUACACAAAAAUGAGGAAGAAAAAACGAAAUGAUUUCAUCUCGUUCGAGUUUAAUAGAAAGCUAGGCCAUUAGUCUCUAUUUGUGAGUUGUGAAGAAACUAAGAAGAUCCAUGUAAGAGACGGGUGGCUCAUAUCUCAUUUGUGUUGUAAAUGGUAUUCUUUAUGUCUUGUGGGUAUGUAACUUUUGUUUGUUUGUGGUGUAGAUUUCAUUUUGCACUAGUGUAAUGACUUCGUUUUAUUUAUUUGCUAGAAGUAACUUUAUAUGAAAGUGAAUGGA